GCUGUACCUUACCCUGAACUUUCAUCUGUAUCUUGUCCUAUCUAUUAAAUGAUCAAUCAAGUUUCCAAGGACAUCUCCUUACAAUGUGAAAUUUAAUGUACAAUUACCGUAAGGAUCGGCCCAGGCAUUGGUGCUUCUCUACUGUAAAACUUCCAACUCUCUACUAAUUCGAUAAUAGCCAAACAAAGAGGUUCCACCGCGGAUCAAUUCCCUCGCCGUUGUUGUCAUUUUGACUUGCCGAUGGUUGUCAGACUCCAGUAAGCAAGCGGCUUUCCAAGUCGGAGUCGAUUUGAACUGCAGGAAGUGAAAGUCUAGUUGUUGCCUUAGUGAAAAGAGGCGUGCUACGUUCAGCCCAAUCCGAUGGUCGCACAUCGACUGAGGAAAGCUUAUUCCGGCAGAGACUCAGAUCACUCUCCUCCCUCAUAUCCUGACAAUGGAGAUGAUCUCCGGCGCUACCAAGACCUGUAUAAGGCAGCUCUAGCAGGAGAUUGGGAGACGGCUGAGGGGACUUUCAAGAGCGACCCCGAUGCAAAAACGGCCAGAAUUUCUCUAGGACCAGAGACUGCAUUGCUUCUGGCAAUUUCAAUGGGACGGACGCAGUUCAUAAAGAAGCUAGUACAACGCUUGUCCCCAGAAGAUCUGGAAAUGACAGAUUCUAACGGCCAGACAGCCCUCCACUUUGCUGCAAUGUAUGGAAGUUUGGAUGUCGUAAAGACUCUGAUCGAUAGACACAGGACGUUGACCCAAAUCAUCAACGCUGAGGGAUUUACAGCCCUCCAUACCGCAGCCAUUUUCAACCGCAAAGAAGUAACGCAGUACCUUACCUUGAAAACUACUGACGAUCAUCCUGGUUGUCCCUUUACCGGUCCUAAGGCCGGUUCACUAAUUCAGGCUCUGGUGUGGUCAGGUUCCUACGAUAUAUGCAUUCGCUUAUCGAAGAUAUAUCCAGACUUAGCCUUGACAAAUGAACUCGGACUGGGAAUGCUAGAAGCUUUGACAGACAAGCAUUCUGAUUUCAAAAGCGGAUGCAAGCUUAACUUCUGGCAGCGAUGCAUAUACCACCUUCUUCCGGUGGAAGUGGAGCACGACCAUACACCACGUUGCCUACUUAGCAAUGAUGUGGAAGCCCCUCAGGUGAACCCCCAAAUACCACCAACUUCAACAACCUAUUGGACUCGAGUUCGACAGUGGAGCAUCAAAACUGCUGGGAAAGCUCAGGAUUAUUUUGCAUUUGGUGCGAUCAAGUGCAUCAAAGAUGAAAAGUACAAACACAAAUGCACCCAAAAGCUUGUGGAAGUUACAUGCAAAGUAAUUGCCGAUCGUCUGACUCCGAGGGAGAUAAAUCAGUUCUUUGCAAGUCAAAAUAUUCUACGUCGUGCGGCGAUGUCAGGCAUAGUUGAAAUAAUAUCCAUUUGCCUUGAGAAUUUUCCCUAUUUGAUUUGGGUCAAGUCAACAUUUGCAGCCACUCUUCAGUCGGCGGUAGCCCUACGACAAGAAAAGGUGCUUAAUCUGAUGCUUGAACAGAGCGCAUUUACCAAAGCUUUAUCCAACGAAAAGGACGGAUGCGGUCCGAAAAUUUUGCGAUCUGCCGCAAAACUGUCACCUUACCCUGAACUUUCAUCUGUAUCUUGUCCUGCACUACAAAUGCAAAGAGAGUUGCAAUGGUUUAAGGCUGUGGAAGAGUUUGUUCAUCCCCAAGUUAGAGAACAUAAGGAUAAAGGAGGCCGAAUAGUUGGAGAACUGUUUACAAGGAAACAUCGGAGGUUACUCAGAGAUGCGGAGAAAUGGAUGAAGGACACCUCAAGCUCCUGCAUGGUGGUAUCCACUCUCAUAGCUACCGUCGUUUUUGCAGCAGCUUUCACAGUUCCUGGUGGAAAUGUUGACGGCAAAGGCAUUCCACUGUUUUUAAACGAGCGAGUCUUCAUGUUGUUUGCUGUGUCCGAUGCUCUAGCUCUCUUUUCCUCUACAACUUCCAUCUUAAUGUUCUUGUCUAUCCUGACGGCGCGGUUCGCAGAAGAAGAUUUCCUUCGAGCGCUCCCGAAGAGGUUGAUAUUAGGAUUCACGUCCUUGUUCCUUGCCCUGGCAACCAUGAUGGUGGCAUUCGGAGCAACAUUAUAUAUGGUCGUAAGUGAGAGGUUCAAGUGGAUUUUGUUCCCGAUCACAGCACUCACUGCCAUCCCUGUUGCUCUAUUUGCAAUGUUGCAACUUCCACUGCUCAUCUUCAUGGUGCAGUCAACAUAUUUUCCUCGCAUUUUUCACCCUAAGAAAAUUUGGUAGUCAUAUUGAGGGAUACUGGUGUUUUGCAUGUGAGCAAUAUGUGUGUCUCUCUAUUUCAAGGCUGUGGUUUGGAGAAUUGUCAUUGUAUUACUCGAAUAAGUUGAUUGUAUGAUUUGGAUAUAUGUGGGGUGAAAUUGGACUAUGCAAGCCAUACGUGUAUCCAAUA